CUGCAACGUGUCAGGGAGGCAACUUUUUAGCAAGAGGAGCAAAAAAGUAACACAAAUUGUGACAGCAGCGCGAGAGCAAGCAUGGCUGGAAAGACUACAGACAGCGUACGGGGACACAGCACUGUGACUAGCGUGCAGAAGCCAGGCUUCCUUGAGCGUCUCAGUGACACAGCUGGAGGCAUGUUAGUCGGCCUGCUCAGUUUCACUCUGUCAUUCUACCUGCUCUUUACCAAUGAGGGCCGAGCUGUGCAGACUGCGCUGUCCUUGGAAGAGGGUCUCUCUCUAGUGGUUCCCAUACCAAAUAUACACGUUGUAGACUUCAAAAACGAAGCCAACUUGGUGCACGUAUCAGGUGCUCUCCGUACUGCCAAGCCGCUGUAUGACCCAAACUAUGGGAUUUCAAUCCAUUGCGUGAAGCUUAAACGCCAGGUUGAGAUGUACCAGUGGGUGGAAUAUGAAGAUUCCAAGGAAUAUGAAGAAAACGGUGAAGUGAAGAAGGAGACCAGAUACACUUACAACACUGAAUGGAAAUCGGAGGUGGUGAGCAGCCGACACUUUGACAGAGAGAUUGCACAUCGCAACCCCAGCGCCAUGGCUGUAGAAUCUUUCACUGCAGUUGCAACAGAUGUGCAAGUUGGAGAAUACUUUUUAUCCAAAGGUCUUGUUGAUCAGAUCGAUAAUUUCAAGCAGAAGAUCCUGUCCCAGAUUGGGAAUCCUCAUGCCGAUGUCACAACCGAAGGAGAUUAUUUCUAUCACAGUGCAAACCCCAAAAACCCAGAGGUUGGAGAUCUACGUAUUUCUUUCUGGUACGCGGGUGUGGCGCUUGGAGGCUCCCCAUCUGGAACAGUGGAUAUAGUGAGCGUAAUCGGUCAGCAGAGAGGCGGGCAACUAGUUCCCUAUAAAACCAAGUCUGGGGACAUGCUGGGGAUACUGCACAUGGGGAGUCACACAGCAGAGGAAAUGUUUCAUCGAGAACAACAGAGCAAUAACAUGAAGACGUGGGCACUGCGUGCCGCAGGGUGGCUGCUUAUGUUUGUUGGCAUCAACCUCAUGACCAGGAUAUUGUACACAUUAGUUGACUGGUUUCCCAUCGUGCGUGACCUGGUUAACCUCGGCCUGAAGAUGUUCGCUGUGUGCGUUGCCACUUCCUUCUCUCUGCUGACAGUCUCUGUGGGGUGGCUUUUUUAUCGACCCUUGUUUUCUGUGGUGCUGGCGUCUGUGGCAGUUGGCAUCAUUGUGCUGGCGCGCACGCAAAUCCCAGCCAAGAAAUACCAAUAGAAAUUCGGCUUCUCACUGCAGUUGUGUCACCGGUGGCAGACAUGAUGUAUUCACCAGCACCACGUGCACAUCACUCAGCAAGUUUAGCUUUCAGCACAGUGGGAAAUGCUACGGGAAGUUAGUUUCUGUAAGAGUGUGGUGCCAGCAAUAACUGCUUAAGGUGAAGGCAGUAAAUCUGAGUAUUUAAUACCAGAUAUAUGCUGUGUACAAAUUGUUUCUUCUUCCCUUAUGCCAGAGUGGCAGCACGUUCCAGCGAAAUGUUACUGAAUUAGCCAUGAUCGCGUCACACUUUAUCUGUAUUUCACUCAGUGAAUUUAUGUUUUUAUAGAAUCACAGACCCAGGUUUAUUUACAUAAACUGUUCCUGUGAUGUAUUUACUGUAUAAUCAGAUAACUAGCGUGUAUAGCUCCUGCUAAUGUGCUGCACAUCAUAAACACACCUAUCUGCAGAGCAGCGCAUCGUCUGUGACCAGGACAUAUUACACUUAAUUCAUCCUAUCAUGCGCUUAGCAGACAUGGUCCUUUUAUAGCUUGUAGUGAGCUACAGGGAACAGGAAUAUAAUGGCUUUGUAAGGAAAUCAUAUUUUGUUACACUUUUGUUAUUCUAUUAAAAAUAAAUGUUGUGA